AUGGUUCAAAUAUCAAAAUUGUGUAAUGAAUUAAAGCGUGCACAUGUUAUUACUGAAUGUGGUACAUUUCGUAUCAAUAUUAAUGAUCGAAUCAUCCAAACGAAGAAGUCUUCAGCGAUUUGUUUUUCAGAUUUAAUCAAAGAAAAGUAUUUUAUUGAUAAAUCAAUCACAUCAUUGAAUACACAUUUAGACAUCAUAUGUCAAGAUUCAAUCGAUAUCGUUUUAAACUUCAUAGAAACAGGCAAACUCGAGUUUGAAGCAGACGAACCUCAUUAUCAUGACAUAUUCGAGAUUGGUAAAUAUUUUGGAAAUCAAAUACUCAUACAGAUAUAUUCAGAUCAUGUUAAAUCAGAUAAAUCUCUUACAAACGAAAACGUUUUUCAGAAGUACGAAAUCUCUGCAUUAGAAAAUGAUUUUUCUAUGAUGAAUGAAUGCAUCGAGUACAUUUGUUCACAUUUGUACAGUUUGAAUGAUGAUUGUAUCAUUUCUAAUUUUUGUAAAAAUGGUUUUGAAUUUUGUGAAAAAAUUUUGAUAUCUAAAGAACUCAAAAUCGAAAAUGAAGACAAACUAUGUUUGUUACUUUUAGAUACGUGCAGAAAGAACAAUUCAUUAUUUGAAUUAUUUCGAUAUGUCAAUUUACAAUUUUGUUCAUCAGAAGUUUAUGACUCUCUUUAUCAUUUUUCAGUUGAAAACUCAUUUGAAUCUAGUCUUUUAACUAUUUAUAAUGAAACACUGAAAAAUUAUCAUUCGAAAAUAAGAAAUCGCUUUGAAAUCUCAAACCAAAUUAUUGCAUCUUUCGAAAAACAAAAAGCUCAAAAUCAAUUUAAAAUAUCAAAUGAAUCAUUUAGUAUUAUUGUUGAAUCUAAAUUUGUAGAAAAAGUUUCUCAAGAAAUUCACAUGGAAAUGACUGCUUCUUCUAUUAUUGAUGAACCUUUAUCCAAUAUAAAUUCAUAUUCAGAUGAUUCUGAGUUCUAUACAGAUAAUGAACCUAAUUCAUGGGUGAAAGCUGAUCUUAAAGGAUAUAAAUUAAAACCAAAAUCAUAUAUUAUACGAUCGAUAUGUGACGAUGAUUAUAAUUUAUUAAGAAGUUGGAAUCUAGAAGGUAUCAAAGAAGAUGGAACAUGUAUUUUAUUAGAAAAUCAGUCAUAUGAAUUUCAAAUUCGCGAAAUCAAAGAAUUUCCACUUCAAACUAAAGAUUAUUUUGUUGCUUUCAAAAUCACUCAAACAAAGAAUUCUUCCAAUGAUCUGGAUGAUUGUUACUAUUUCAAUAUUAAUAUUUUUGAUUUCAAAGGAGAAUUAAUAAAAAUCUAA